AAGUUACUGAAAUUUGCGUAAACAAACGAAAUUAACUUACUGGAGUGGAAGUGCAUAGAGCAAACUCUGUGUGUAACUGGAGAAUCAAACGUUAUGCCCUUCCUUCUGAUCGAGGCCACCCAUACCAUUCUUCGACGUUUGGUCAGUUCAGAUAUGACCUUUCCCUCGCCUUUUCUCCAUGUAGGGAUCCGGAAGAAACUCAAUGGUGUUCCGUCGAGCUGUACAUUCUCCUUUCUAUUCGAUCGGUUGUUGCAAUUCUUUACCGCACAAUAAUUUCCAACCAUUUUUAAAGAGCGACCUGUGUUGAAAUGCCUCACUGUUUAUGUUUCUCGCUUCCACAAUGGCGAUAGCGGCGGAAACCUCGCGAGUGCCACGUCAUACGCUCGAGCCUAAUCAACUAGUGAAACGGAUAGUUAUUAUAAAGUGUUACCAAAAAAUCUCCUGUGGCAACCGGGGGGAGUGGGGGGGCUCCGUAGCGAUUCACACCGGCGCGAAAUUUGAGCCGCGAUGUAGCGGAGAGGAGGGGAGGUUGGAUUAUUUUUCCUCUCCUCCCCUUUAAACACGAGUCUCCUCCCCUUUAAAUCUUAACUUCACAACUCCACAAUUGCACUAAUUUAUUCUCUCUGCCCUUCUUAUGAUAAGUAUGCACCAUACAGUCGCAUAACACCGCGCGUGCCCCACCAUCCGACCCCCUAGCUUGCAUUCAUUGACUCAGUCAACAUGACCCAACGCGUCGCCUUGGCUUUGCUAUGCCUGUUGUCCGGCUUGUGCACGCCUUCGCUGGGCUACUUCGCCGAGGAGCGCUGGAGCCCGGAGUCUCCGCUGCUGGCUCCCCGGGUUGUCCUAACCCUCAUCUGCCGCAACUCGGAGCACUCGCUGCCUUACGUGCUGGGAGCUGUGGAGCGCCUCGACUACCCUAAAGAGCGAAUUGCCGUAUGGGUGGCGACCGAUCACAAUGAGGACAACACCACGGCCAUCUUGCGUGACUGGCUUAUCAAAGUGCAAAAUCUUUAUCAUUACGUGGAGUGGAGGCCAAAGGAGGAACCCAGCCAAUACGAGGACGAAGAGGGUCCCAAGGACUGGCCGGACCCCCGUUACGAGCACGUCAUGAAACUGCGGCAAGUUGCGCUGGAAUCGGCCCGGGAGAUGUGGGCCGAUUACUUCAUGUUGAUGGACUGUGACAACCUGCUCACAAACCCAAAGGUCCUUUGGUCUCUCAUGAGCGAGAAUAAGACAGUCAUCGCUCCCAUGCUGGAUUCCCGCGGGGCUUAUUCCAACUUCUGGUGCGGAAUGACCAGUCAGGGCUACUACAAGCGUACCCCGGCCUACAUGCCCAUGAGGAAGCGGGUGCGUAAGGGCUGCUUCGCUGUGCCGAUGGUGCACUCUACUUUCCUGAUAGACCUCAGGAAGGAGGCGUCCAAGCAGCUGGCCUUUCACCCACCACACCCGGAGUACAACUGGGCCUUCGACGACAUUAUCGUCUUUGCAUAUUCCGCUCGGAUGGCAGAUGUGCAGAUGUUUGUGUGUAACCGAGAGACGUACGGCUACGUCCCCGUGCCGCUGCGCGCCCACAAUACCUUGCAAGACGAGGCCGAGAGCUUUAUGCAUUGCCUACUGGAGGUUAACGUGCGGCAUCCUCCGGUGUUACCAUCCGAACACGUUCCCGCUCCCGCCAAACAACCAGACAAAAUGGGAUUUGACGAGGUCUUCAUGAUCAACCUCCGGAGGCGGAGUGACCGAAGGGAGCGCAUGCUGAGAGCUCUCCAUGAGCAGGAGAUUGACUGCAAGAUCACAGAGGCUGUAGAUGGAAAGGCUUUAAAUAUGAGUGAUAUCCAGGCUAUGGGCAUCCACAUGCUGCCUGGAUACAGGGACCCUUAUCAUGGCCGCCCGCUAACUAAAGGAGAGCUGGGAUGCUUCCUUUCGCACUAUAACAUCUGGAAAGAGAUUGUCAAGCGCGGCCUGCUCACCUCACUGGUGAUCGAGGACGACCUGCGCUUUGAAGUCUUCUUCAAACGACGUCUCAUGUACUUGAUGAGCGACAUCGAGGAUGAAGGACUCGACUGGGACCUCAUCUACAUCGGACGCAAGCGAAUGCAAGUGGACCACUCGGAGAAAGCGGUGCCCAACGUCCACAACCUGGUGGAAGCUGACUAUUCCUAUUGGACUUUAGGUUAUAUGAUAUCCUUGCAAGGAGCGAAGAAGCUGUUAAAGGCCGAGCCUUUAAAGAGGGUGCUGCCGGUGGAUGAGUUUCUACCCAUCAUGUUUAAUAAACACCCAGUGUCCGAUUACAUGGAACAGUUUGAGACGCGCGACCUGAAAGCCUUCUCAGCAGAGCCUUUGCUGGUCUACCCCACACACUACACGGGAGACUCUGGCUACAUUAGCGACACGGAGACGUCCACCGUGUGGGACAACGAAAAAAUCCGCACAGACUGGGACCGAGGACGCUCGGGCAAAACUCAGGAGCAGGCCCAGCUCAGUACCGAGGCCCAGAACUCUGACGUGCUACAGUCGCCCUUGGACAGCACGGCGCGGGAUGAGCUAUGAGACCCUAAAAAACACGCCUCAAUGGCAUCGUCCGCUGCACUAGUGGUCCCGGUCGUUCUGCUCGGUCGUCCGGCGCCUGGCAUCCCGAGCAUCCUCCCGGUUGUUCUGCUUGGUCGUCCGCCGCCUGGCAUCCUGGACGUCCAUUUGGUCGUCUUCCGCCGGCACCCCGGCCGUGCGGCUGGCCGUUCGUUCCAUUGAAUCGGGUUGGGGGUCUUACCAAAUGCAAUACUGCCCUCCAUUGGCCAGUUUUAUUGCUUUAAAAUGGAUUUUCAGCAUUGUGCUUUGGAGCUAAGUUGAAUCAGAACGUAGAGAUGUCUCUUGUUAAAAAAAAACGUGAAAGACGUAUAAAUACGUCUUUGGGACACUGAAACAAUAAAAAAUAGAACUUAUUUAUACAUUUUUGGGAGCAAAUGAGUUAAGCUGGGGCAAGGGGCAUAAAAGUCGUAUACAGAAUUUGGCAAAAAUGUACGGUUCCUGCAAAAUUAGCUAAAAACGAUCCCAUUCAUUUCAAAUGGGAUGCAAUUGAGAGCCAUGUAGAGUGGUAAGAAAAAAGUUUCUGAACUGAAGGAAUAUGACCUUCUAUGGAAUAUGGCCGAACCGCCGGACCCGCGCUGGCGCAGAUCCAACGAGCCGGGCCAGCGGGACCACGGCAAUCCAGCCAGAAGGCCAAACUCCGCGGGUUCACCUUAGUCUUAACCCUUUGUACUGACUCCAUUUUGAAAGGUUUAAAGAAGGCUCACCAAGAACAAGUUGACAAUUUAUUCGGGUCGACAGCGAUCAACAGAAAGGCAAAACAGACUUGUUCCAAGGUCACCAUAUCUAAAGUCAACAAACGGUUCCCGAGAAAAAUGACAAUAUUAGUUAAAAAUUCAGUCUUUUGAAGGCUCUCACAGGGCGGGUCGUGGGCAGGAAGAAGGGUGUGUUUGGGAUUAUUGUCUGUUUGUGGAUUGGACAGGAGGAUUUGGGAGUUACUGUUGUCAGGGCAACGAGGGUUGUGGAUUUUGCCACUUCAGCGUCAAAGGGGCUCUUGGAGUCCUAUCAGUUGGAUAUCGGGUGUUCCCCAGUGUUCCUUGUGUUGAGACAGAGCAUCCCGCCAUUUGUUCUGGACUGUCUGGGUGAACUGAUUGCGAGAGUUGGUGCGUCAGUCUUGCUCAGUCAGCUGGGCUUCCGUGAUAAAAAUGCGUUGUUCAUCUUUUAUGCCCUAUAUUCUGCUUGUUUUCCUUAAACUAUGGUAUAAGUGCUAUUUAUUUUAUAUUGGGUGUGUUAGAGUAAUACAGUUAGGCGGUGCCUACGAGAAAAGGUACUAUCUCCUUCAUUUGGGUGUGGAUUUUUUGGUAUUUCUCACAUUUCUGCAUAAAAUCACCAUUAAAUGUGAUCUGAUCUUUGUCAAAAAUCACACAGACGUAAAAACAGUGUAUGCUUGAACUAAAACCCCCAAACAUUUUUAGGUUUUCAUAUUUUAAUGAGGAUAGCUUGCAAAAAAAUGACAAAAGGGGGAAGAAGAAGUAAGUGAACCUUCUGCCUAAGGAGACUUAAAGAGCAAUUGAAACCAAUUUUUUACCAAACAAUUUAAGUUAGGUGUGUGCCCAACCACUGAUAAGUGGUUUAAACUGCCCUGCCCACUGUAAAAUACACACCUGGUAAGAACUGUCUUGAUAAGAAGCAUUGUCUGAUGUGCAUCAUGGCUCGGUCAAAAGAGCUGUCUGAAGACCUCCGAUCAAGGAUUAUGGUUUGUAUAAAGCUGGGAAAGGAUACAAAACCAUCUCUAAAAGUCUGGAUGUUCAUCAAUCAACAGUCAGAGAAGUUGUCUACAAAUGGAGAGAGUUUGGCCCUGUUGCUUCUCUCCGAAGAAGUGGCCGUCCACCAAAGAUGAUGCCUAGAGUUCGGCACAGAAUACUCAGAGAGGAAAAAAAAGAACCCUAGACUUACAGAAAUCACUGGCACAGUCCAAUAUCUCUGUACACACGUCAACUACAUGUCAUGGGAGGACUCCCAAAAAACCAUUGUUGCUCGUUCAAUGUUUGCAGAAAGGCACUUGGACACUCCCAGGAAUUUUGGCAAAAUAUUUUGUGGACUAAUGAAACCAAAGUUAAAUUUUUUGGGAGUAACACACGACAUCAUGCGUGGAGGAAAAAUGGAAUAGCGCACCAACUUCAACACCUCAUCCCCACCGUGAAGCAUGGUGGAGGGAGCAUCAUGAUUUUGGGCUGUUUUGUCACUUCAGGGCCUGGACAACUUGCAAUCAUUAAUGAAAGAAUAAAUUCAAAAGUUUUUUCAGGAUGUGUUGCAGGAAAACCCGAGGCUGUCUGUCAGACAGUUGAAGCUAAAAAGAGGAUGGAUGCUGCAACAAGACAAUGAUCCAAAAUACAGAAGUAAAUCAACUUCAGAAUGGUUUCAGAAGAACAAAAUACACAUUCUGGAGUGGCCAAGUCAAAGUCCAGACUUGAACCCCAUUGGGAUGCUGUGGCAUGACGUAAAGACAGUGAUUCAUGCCAGAUAUCCCAGGAAUCUGACAGAACUACAGCAGUUUGGUAGAGAAGAAUGGGCUAAUCUUGAUUAGUCCUUAUCGAUGUACCAGACUGAUCUGCAGCUACAGGAAGCAUCUGAUUGAAGUUAUUGCUGCCAAAUGGGGGGUGGGGGGAAGCACAAAAUAUUAAAUGUGAUGGUUCACUUAGUUAUUUUUUCCCCCUUCUGUCAUUGUUUGAAUGCUAUCCUCAUUAAAAUAUGAAAACCUAUAAAUAUUUGGGUGGUUUUAGUUAAAGCAAAUACUGUAUUUUCAUCUGUGUGAUUUUAACAUAGAUCAGAUCACAUUUGAUGGUUAUUGUAUGCAGAAAUGUGAGAAAUUCCAAAAGAUUCAGAUACUUUUUCAUACCACUGUAUGUGCUGUGAUAGUUAGUAAAAGAAGAAAAAAAUCGAAAACAACAUCGACAGCAAUAGACUUGCAAACUAUUUUGCAUCCCUGCUGGUCAAAAUUGAUUGGACGACUAUUGCCGUCAAUGAGUUCAUACAUCAGAACAAUCUACAGCUAUGUGCAAACAUGCCCCUCUACUGCCACCUAUGCAAUUUCCACGUCGCCACAUCAGCUUGGGCGGGCGCCUCAAAGCAUUCGCAGAUGCUCAUCAAACACAUCCAAACACGCAUUAAAACGUUUUCUGUCUGGUGGUUAAACAUCUGCGUCGACUUGAUUGAAGGCUCCUUAAAUAAGACGAGAUGUAACAUUUUUUUUAACAUCUCUUCUGCCCGAUGUUAAACACUUUAUACUGACAUUACAGCCUUCGCUGUUUGCAUACUUUAAAGCCGCGGGGAGAUAAAAUAGCCUUCACUCACAUGAUAAAGUUACCAUUUGAAAGGAAAUGUGCACUUUGUGCAUGUGCAGUUUGGACGUUGCGCACGUCUGUAAUUAUGCACUGAGAUCAGCAGCAGUGGGAUGCUGGGACAAGUUCAUUCAGUCAAAAUCAUCCAAAAGAGUAGCCACAAUGACGAAGUACUUUUUUGUUACUAAUCCGAGCUGGGGUUUCGUCAUUGUUUUGAGAGAACUAAAUGUUCUCUCUAUAUAUCUACAUACAUACAUACAUACACAUACAUAUAUAUAUAUAUAUAUAUAUCAGGGGUCGCGUUAACCGAAUAUUUUCCGUCGUUGACCGUUUUUUAAAACGGUGACGGAAAAAACUGAAGUCCGUCCGUCAUUUUGACAGGUUGCAAUUCACACCCCAGACCACAGGGUGGCGAGUGAGCAUAUUAAUUAGCUAUUGUCUCUCUUAAUGAAUGACGUCGUUGGCUAUUCUGUCAGAAUAUUGUAGCGUCACCGGGGUCUGGCGGCGGCACCGUGAUUGACACAUCAACGCGAGGUUCUUAUUGGUGCACCCGGUGUGCCAGCGCGUCAUCCAAUUGGUGGACUAGAUUGCCGCCUGUGUAUAGACCCCAAUCACAUGACGUCACAACUCCGCCCCCAUGACUGGAGCUGCCAUAUUGUGUGUCAGCUCGUCGUGUUUGCACAUUACCGCUACAUACAUGCCUCCUAUUACGGCGUGUUUUUCUGCUCGUUAACAUUAAUAAUCAAAAUGGUGAAGGCGUGUGUGGCGGUUGGUUGCAGUAACAGAGAAGCUAGACGGAGAGACUUGAAGUUCUACCGUAUUCUGAGAGACCCGAAGAGGAGAGCGAGAUGGACUGCUGUAAUUCGACAAGAAAUCUGGGCACCAAACGAUCACCACAGACUAUGUAGUAGUCAUUUUAUAUCUGGUAAGAUGCAUUUAAUAUAUAUUUAGAAGAUUUUGGGCUGAAAACCACAAUUAAGAUCAUUGUGUGACGUUGGUGAUUGGGGUCUAUAUAGUUGCCUCUUUUUCUUUGGGGGCGGAGUUGUUGUUUUGUUGGUGUUGUUGGCGGUAAGCAGAGUAAAAAGAGGGAGAAAAAUACCACGACUUCCGUGUCUAAUUUUUAGCCGCCAAGCAAGCGUUACAAUAUUAAUUAAAAAUGAAUGAAAACUAAAUACUAUUGAAUAUGUCAUCAUUAUCAUUUUAAAAAUUUAAGUGACAGGUAAAAAUAGAUUAUGACCGGAUUUUUAUGACCCUGUCAGUCAAAAUGACAGACAACGAAAAUGUCUAGCGCAACCUCUGAUAUAUAUAUAUAUACACACACACACACACACACACAGUGGUACCUCUACAUACGAUCGCUUCGACACACGAACUUUUCGACAUCCGACGUAAAAUUUGACUCGCCGUUUGUUUCUACAUCCGAUGACAUGCUCGAAAUACGACGACAAUGGCAGCACCGCAGACGAAUGCACGGCGGAUUUUCUUGUGUGACAAAUCAACACUGGUUUCAGAAAAGGUUGGUACAGGUGGUGAAACAAGGAAAAAGUUGACGCUUACCUUCUAAAUGAAGAUGCAAAUGACAGAAAAAUAUGAGCGUAGGAUGGGCAUCCUUGAAAUGGCUCAACAAUACAUCUCCACGGUCCUCCUCCGACCAUUGUUCGCCAGUCUUUAUAAGUUAAGCUGACAAUUCUUAUUGUGGUAACAUCUCCAGAGAAAUCGCCAACUUCGCCACGUUUUUAUCAUUUAUUUCACAACUUAUUCAAAACAAAAACACCUUCUGUCUGCCGCAAUUGACGGUGUUCUCAAGAAAACAUUUAAAGAGAAAGUGAAACUCAAGCUCACCGGUCUGUCUCUGGCACGUCAGCCCCGCGGUGCGUUCUGGGUCAGCAAAAAACGUCCGCCACAUUAGAACCUGAUUCGUUACAUUAAUACAGGAAUUAUUAUUAUUAUUAUUAUUCCGAUUUUGAUUUAUAAUUUAUUUGUUUUGCUAUGUGUAAUUGCCAUUUGUAAUAGUACCAGCAGUAUUUUUUAAGGAUUUAGUGAAGGUUUUUGGGCUGUGGAACGAAUUAAUGGAAUUAUAAUGUAUUCCUAUGGGAAAAUCCUGCUCGACAUACGACCAUUUCGACUUACAAACAAGGUCCUGGAACGGAUUAACUUCGUAUGUAGAGGUACCACU